CUGGAGACCGCUCCUCCUUCGGGAGGUAGUCCUCCCCGGCCCUAGCCAUGGCACAGGAGACUGAAAGCUACGACCCCAUCGGAACCAUCCUAAUCCAGGUCCAUGAAGACCUUUAUCAGUUAAAGGAGAAAUUAACAAAUUUCUCACUUGAGGAAAAAGGAGAGGCUCUAAACAUUCAGAAUCUUGAAACUGCAAUCAAAAGGACGGAAAUGGGGUUGAAAAUUCACAUCGAGAAGUAUUUAAAUGUUGUAAACCAUCAUGUGUUAACGACUCCUAUUGAUGACAAUAAUUUAUAUUCUCCUCAUGCUUCCAAGUGGUUGCUUCCAGCUGUAAUUGAUCAGAAAUCAUUUAUUUUCCCUCUAGAAUCUGAGGGUAGACUUUGGCAAACCCAAAGACAACACAGUACAUUUCCACAUGCCUUUCCGAGAAUAAAGCGAAAGAUAGGGUUGAAUGUAAAAAUCAUGCAGGAUCCUGAAAACAUCCACCACAGAGCUGCUGUAAAUGUGAACUACGGAAUCAGUUUGCCAUAUAUUAAUCAGAGAAAAGCCUGUGUGAAGGUUCAGAAGUUAAUGAAAGGGUCUACCAUAUCCAACCUCACCGUUCUACCAGCCUCGCAUCGCACGGAUCCCUACUUCACACCCAUACCUGUCCUACAAGCAGAUGCCAGGAAAGGGAUUUUAAAUAUGAUUGAACGAGGACUGAUUCCACCGACAGCAAGGAUUACCUUUCAGAACCCACCCAUUAUCCCGAGAGCAGCUCCUCUGCAUAAUUUUGAUGAAGCACGUAAGAUCCCAGCUGCCGCCCCUUUCGCUACACUUCAGAAACCACAGCCGAUUCCAGUGGAAGCAAAGAAGUUCUCUUCCAAGAAACAAAGAUCAAAGGGGAAAGGCAAAAGGUCAAGAAGUCAUCAUGAUAGGAAGAUCAUGAAAGUCGCAACACCUUCGAGAAUUGUGAAAUCACCAUGGGAUUUUGAUUUUUUUAUUUAUAAUGGUGUCAUAGACAAGACAGCCCCGGACUUCUUAGCAUUCAAGGAACAUUUUAAUUUAUCUUGGGGAAGUAUUUUUUCCCUCUUGGAACACAUCGAGAAGUUUCUCAGGGACUAUGCAAUACCAGAAGUUAAAAUAAAAGGGAACAAUUUGGUAGCCUUCCUUCCGGAGUUUGAGCUGAAGAAUAAACUUACCAGAUAUGACUUUCUCUCACUGUUAGAGAACCCACUUCGUAUCCAGAUGAUGUUAAAUCUUCCAGGGCAAAGGUACAAGGGCCAAGAUGGAAGGUCAGAGGCUGCCAACAAGAUCCAAGCCACAUGGAAAUGCUUCAAGGCAAGAAAAUUCUUCCUCAUCUAUCGCCAGCAGAAGUGGGCAUCGGGUGUGAUUUCCAUUGCGUGGCUCUUACAUUGCCAUAAGACCCGAGUGAAGAAGAUCCUGAUGGAAUCACGUGAGAGACACCUGGAGAAUUUCCGUAUCCGAGCCAAGCAUCUGGCAGCCAACUGGAAUCGCAUCAGGACCUCCAGGAGGACUAUUAUCCAUAUCCCAUCAUUAGGAUAUUCUCUGCCUGUGAGACAAAAUAUGGACGACUUCAACACGCAACAGAACAUGCAGCUGGGGAGGCUGUGUGACAUCUUAGAUGCCAAUGUGAGUGUCAUCUACAUCUGCUCCAUUCAGAUGAACGACGAAUUACUGCGGUAUUACAAUAAAAUCCUGAGUCUACAGGCGGCUGUCAAAUCGGGGAACCUUGAGGAUAGAAGUGACCUGCAGGGCAGGUUCAAAAUUAUCACCCCUGAAGCUAUAAACAUCUUCCCUAAGCAUCAUAUGUGCCUGGCCACUUACCUGAUGUACAGUCCCAAGGCGAUCAAAAGAAUAAAAAAUCUCAUCCAAGGAAAAGAGGCCUACAUUGUCAGCGGGCUCCUCCACAGAGAUGAUUUGGCCGUGGCGGAUAUGUUAAACUUACCCAUCCUGGGUCCAGAGCCUGAAAUAGCUCAUCUUUACAGUAGCAAGUCUGGAAGCAAAUGGGUCUUUGAGAGUGCCAAUGUGCCAGUCCCUCCUGGAGUGUAUGGCAUCUAUUGUCACCAACAGAUGCUAGAACAGCUGGGUCAUCUGGUCACAGAUCACCUGGAAAUCCAACGCUGGCUCUUUAAAAUGGACUAUGAGUUUGGAGGAAACGGGACUGCAUAUUGUGACAUUCCUUCCCACCUACAGUGCUACAAGUGGUUCCUACAGGAGAGGGGCAGAUACGGCCAGGAGAACUGGAGGAAGAAAUGGGCACAAGAGCCAGCUUUGGUGAAGAUCUCCGAGGAGCUAGCGGGCAUUUUAGCACAGCACGCGCAGCCAGUCAAUGAGAAACGGUUCCCGACGUGGAGGAAAUUCCUCCAAACGUUUCUCAGUCAAGGAGGCACGAUGGAAGCAUUCCCACCUGCAGAAAGUGUCACCAACCUGACAGUGGACAUGCUGAUCGAGCCCAAUGGAGAAAUCAGAGUGCUGUCCACGGGGGACCAACUUCAUGCAGAAGGCCCCUUCAUCUCUACUGGUACCACCAUGCCUCAGACCUCGGUGGAUCCCCAAGUUCUCAGUUCUUUGUGCCUCAAAAUUGGAAAUGCUUGUAAAAUGAGAAAUGUGGUUGGUUACUUUUCCAUAGACCUGGUGACAUUUAUUGAUCCAACCACCUUGGAACAGCAGGUGUGGGCAACAGGCCUCAGCCUCUCCUACAGUGACCAGCUGGCCCUGACUCAGCUCACCUUAUACCUGACCAACGGCCAUCUGGAUUGCAGUCUGAGCGCCCUGAAAGUGCCCUUUGUUCCCAAGAAAGAGAAGAAAAUGAGCUGCCUUAAUGCCCUCUCAGUGCCGGCAUCAGCAACCAUUCGCUAUGCAGUGAUGACUACCCAGCUGAAGCACAACAAUCUCUCGCUGGUUUUCCACUAUGUUUUCCUCCAGAUGUGUAAGGCCCAUGGCAUCGGCUAUGACAUUGAGGACAGACAAGGAACUAUUUUUAUAUUAUAUGAACACCUGAAAAGAGACAAGUUGGGAAUGUUAACAAUCGGUGAAGAUCUCCAGGGGGUCCUCAUGACCUUUGCUCGAAAUCUCUUCAUCAUCCAUCAAGAAAUAUCAGCACCUAAUAUGCAAGGCGAGACCAAUUUUAAGACGGCCAUUGACGACAUUGAAGCCAUUCUAGGAGUAACAGAGGAAAACAAAAUAAGAUUUGAAGAAGAGCUAAAACAGUUCAAAGAUGAUAAAAACCUCUCUAAACCUGAUAAAUGAAUGUUCCUGGAAUACACUGCUGAUUUUGGAUUCUAAUCUGGAGUCAAAAAAAGGCAACAUUCUUCUUGCUGUUAAGAAUAAAAGUGGGGAGUGGAGUUAGUUUGCUUUGUUUGCUAGAAGGUGUAUCAAAACAGAUUAUAAUGUAAUGCUCUUUUUUAAAAAAAUAUUUAUUAAGUGAUCUUAUGUUGCUUAUUAAAUUAAAACCUAUUUGUGCCUUUACUUGAGAGUGUCGAACAAUCGCUUCUUCUUCCAGAACUCAGGAAGAAAUAAUCUAACAAGAAAGUUACAAGUCUUACUGAUAUCACUUCUGUACCCACCUCUUUAUGAAUUUCAGGAUU